AUGCAUUUCAAAGGGAAGAAAAAGGGGCAGACGCGAGGGGGCGACGUUGAUCUCCGUAACACACGCAGCGACUGUGAUAGGAACAAGGACAAAAAGCUGAGCCUGUCCACGUGUCUCCUGGCUGGGGACUGCUGCCUGUGCUGUAGUGCGUGCUGCAGCAGACAGGCCCGAGGACGCAAGCAGAAGAAGCUCAAAUCCGCCAAGACUGACCUGAUGUUCCUGAAGCCCUGCAGCCCGUCCCGUAGCACCGACACGGAGCACGCCAACCCCUGCGGCGCCCUGGUCACCGGAUACAGCGACCAGCAACCCGACAUCAUAUCCAACGGCAGCAUCCUUUCCAGCGAGACCAAACACCAGCGAGCAGAGUUGAGCUAUUUGGUGGAUAGACCCAGACGUGUGAACAGUUCUGCGUUCCAAGAGGCAGAUAUUGUCAGCUCCAAAGACAGCGGCCACGGAGACAGCGAACAGGGCGACAGUGACCACGACGCCACCAACCGGGGCCACUCAGCCGGUGCGGACCUCUUUUCCAACUGCACCGAGGAGUGUAAGGCCCUGGGACACUCGGACCGCUGCUGGAUGCCCUCCUUCGUGGCGGCGGAGGGUCGGCAGGGACCCGACUACCGCAGUAACCUGCACGUGCCUGGCAUGGACUCGGCGCUGCCCGACACAGAGGUACCACCGCAGCCGCCCGCCCCCGUCAGCCUGUCAGAGCAGCUCCCCUCGCUGUCCUCUUCAGCAGCUUCGACCAACAACGAUAGGUCAUUCUCCACCUUUGGCAAGGACGGUCAGAGGUCUCAGUCACACCACAGUCUACACCAUCACCUCCAUCAGAGCCCGCAGUACAGCAGCACGCUAGAGAGGAAAGAGUAUGAUAGGGGGACGCUACCGUACAAACCCACCUUUCUGUCCCGCAAAAGGAUUUGCUAG